UUUAUUUUUAUGGGUGGAUCAUCUGGCUUGAAGUUUUUUCCAAAAAUUCACCGGAAUCUUUGUUGGGGAUACCGAAAUUGUAUCAAUCGGGGAAAGACGCCGUGGAAGAAGAAACUUUGUAUUGCUCUUUGAGACUGCCAGUUUUUUGUACAAAAAUUUCUAAUGCAGAGGGCGCCUGCAGGUAGUGUAUCAUCCGGAAGACCUAUAAAAUGUGUCGUCGUUGGCGAUGGGACUGUGGGGAAAACUUGCAUGCUGAUAUCGUAUACAACAGAUAGCUUUCCUGGGGAAUAUGUUCCAACAGUAUUUGAUAACUAUUCUGCUGCCAUGAUGUGUGAUGGAAUACCAGUCAGUUUAGGUUUAUGGGAUACUGCUGGACAGGAAGAUUAUGAUAGGCUUAGACCAUUAUCAUACCCUCAGACUGAUGUCUUCCUCAUAUGCUUCAGUGUGGUUAGUCCAUCUUCAUUUGAAAAUGUUACCUCAAAGUGGUAUCCUGAAAUUAAGCACCACUGUCCUGAUGCCCCUAUCAUUUUAGUGGGAACAAAAAUUGACCUGCGGGAAGAUAAAGAAACUUUACAAUUAUUAAGUGAACAAGGUUUGUCUCCAAUCAAAAGAGAGCAAGGUCAAAAACUGGCUUCAAAAAUAAGGGCUGUUAAGUACCUUGAAUGUUCAGCUCUCACACAACGAGGCCUUAAGCAGGUUUUUGAUGAAGCUGUCAGAGCUGUAUUACGUCCAGAACCACAAAAAAGGCAACAAAGGAAAUGCAAGCUUGUGUAGCCUUCAUGUUAUAUAUAAACUAUAGAAUAUAUAAAUAUGAAAUUACAUUGCAUAUGUUGAAAAGCAAAUUCACAAGGUAAUGAGUCAUCUCAUGUUCAGCCUAAUAUAUUUUAUAUUUUGAAACAUCGUGAAAUGCAUUUAAUUUGAGGGCUGAGGGAAGUGUGACAUGAGCAAUGAUAAAUUUAAGCUGCCAAAGAUUUUUUUUUCCAGUUUUCCCAGACUGUUUAUGAUUUAGAUAAUGGAAAUUUAUAUUAAUUUUAUUUGUUUAGAUGCUUUAUUUUUGAAGAAUUAUUGUUUUAUUAAAUCCCAAAGUUUUCACGAAGUUCCUAUAAUAUUCAUUUUAAUAUUAUUUAUGUUAAAAGAUGUAUUUCACCUAGCAAAUCGAUUUCCAAAUUUAUGUUUACUUUUUCUAAGAAAUUUCCUUUAAAGUGCUUUUUGCACUUUUUUCAGCCCAAGGCACACUGAUGCAUCAACAAUGAAUUCAGUUUUCGUAUUUUGUCUGCUGUGGAUUAUUUUUUAUGUGUUCUUGUACUGUGUUUUAAUGUCUUGAUCUCUAAAACUUGCACAUGUGUGGUUUUUAAUUACUAAGAUUAAGUUAACACUAUUGCUUUGAAAUAAUUACUUUUGUAAUUGAUUUCUUUUGUUUACUUACAUAUAUUUUUUUUUAAUAUUUGCAAUUAUUUUAUGCAGUUAUAAAUUAAUUUAUCAUGAUUUCAAUUUAUUGCAAUUAUUUAUGCAUUUAUGAGGGUUAAUUAUAUGACCAGCUUCAAUUUUUGUGCAUUAUAAGAUCUGUUAUAAUUAUGUAAAACAAAUUUUGCAUUUUAUGUUUUGGAAUAUAUAUUUGUGAAAUAGCAAUUAUAGGUAUGUAAUGGAUAUGUAGUUAUCUUAUUUUUCAAUUUUGUAAUGAUAGGUAAUUUAAGGAGAUUUUAUUUUAUAAUAUUGCCUUGAUAUUUUUAAUUGUGCAUUGUAAUGUUUAUUUUUUCUUUAUUUCACAAGAUUAUUUUGCUUACAGCUUAUAAUAUUUUACUUAUAUGAAAUUAAUAGCAAUAUUUUCUGCAGCCCCCCCGAAAAGGAAAAAUUUUGUUUUGUUGUUAAAGUAAGGAUACAUAUAGUUUAAACUUUGAAGCAGAGUUUUGAAUCUUAAUAUAUAGUUUAUGCUGUGCUUGGAAUUAUAUAAAAAAUAAAAGCAACUCUUUAGUACGUAAUAUGAUGGUGCAUUUAUUAUUUAUUAAAAGCACUGCAGAAUAAAAGUAAUGCAUUAUGAACAAAACCAAAUCAACCGUGAUUAUUCAGAAAAUAUAUUGAGGUUUUUAUUCAUAUCGCCAUUUUUAUGUAUAAUUGAAAAUAGAUAGAAUUCUUCAUUUAUAUUCCUUGAUUAAUAAUAUACAUUUCUCAAAAUAUUGCUUUCAAAAUUUUGUUUAUUUUGGUUGCUUGGAUUUAUUUGAGUAUUUACAAGUUGUACCUGAACUUAGUCAUAAUUUAUCUUCUUUCAUAUUUUAUUGAAGUUUGGAACUGCAAAAACUGUAUUUCAUUUGAAUGCAGUUCCUCCGUUCACUUUUUUUCAUAUAUGAUUGCAAGAGAAAUUUUUUGAAUGAGCAUUUUGUAGGUUAAUUAAGAGAUGGUAGAUGUAUUAUGAUUUGUGCUGAAUUAAAAUGACUGUUUAAAUUUGUGCUUUCCAUAACAUAUUACUGCAUCAGGGAUGCCAUUACCUUCAGUAUACUUCUGAUAAAAACUUAUUAUAUAUAAAUGAGAGCAUGAUUAUAAUAUAUUACUAUAAGUUUUUAUCAUAAACUUAUUAUAUGAUAAAAACUUAUAGUAAUAUAUUAUAAUCAUGCUCUCUUAAUCCCUUUUAUAAAUUUCAAAACAAAAUAAGUAACUUCACAAUUUUGCUGUAAAAAAUCAGAACUAAGGUUUCAAUUUAAUUUUGUUAUGAAUUUCUCGUUUUAGAAUUAAUGAUUUCAUCUUUAUCAGAAUCUGAAAUUUUUCUGAUAUGUAAUCUGCAUCAUUUUUGAAGGUUUAUAUUACCUUUGAGAUAGUAUACACUUAUAUAUAUAUAGAUAGAAGAUAUAAACUUCUUGAAUGGAAAAAGAUUUGAGUAUUGAAAAAAUUUUCUCACUUUUUGUAUAAGUGUUUGCACUGGCUCUCAAAACUUUAUUCCAAGUACUUUAAUGAAAUAUAUCCCUUCUUUCAAAGAUAUUUUUAUAUCUUUUUAGUUUAAAUCAAAAAUAUUUCUUUGCAUUAUUUAUGUAUGAAUUAAUAAACAGUCAAAUGGUGUUUGUGUAUCUGUGAUUCCAUAUAGAAAAUUUUAGUGCACUUCAUAAGUAUUACAUUUAAAUUAAUGUGAAUUUUCUUGUAAUAAUUGUUUUUUAAAAAUGUAAAGAAGGGGAAUUCAUUAUUUAUAUGGAAUUUAAAAGUUGAUGGAAUGCAUAAUUUGCAUUAAAUAUCAAACUUCCUUAGCUCUCCAGUUUCUUUUGGUAAAUAAUGCAGAAAUAUAAAACAAAAUAUGUGACUUUUUAAUUUUAUGUAAGUGAAACAAAUAACUAUUUUAUAUUAUGUUAAUAGAAAUGAAGCUUUUUACUUCCACAAUAUUUCAUUGUGUUGUUACAAAAAUGGUGCUGUAGAACAUUGGCAUUCCCUGUUGCAUCUGUAAAGCUCAGUUUUGCUUUUGUUCACAAUUUUUUUUCUAUUAUUCAGUUCCUCUUGCAUUUUAAAUGGGUAAUUGCUAUGUCUUUUCUUUGCAUUAAAAAGGUUUUUAAUGAAGUGAAAAUGUGCAACUGUAAUUAUUUAACAGUGAAUUACUUUAAUUUCUCUUAUCUUUUUUUGUGAUGCAUCAAUAAAACAUUGUUGAGUCAAAUAAGUUGUAUGUUGUUAGAAUUUAUUUUUGGGAAAGAAUAAUCCUUUUUAAAAUGCCAUUAAUAAGUAUACAUCUUUCUUGCAAGUCAUUUAUUGCAUUGAUGUUGAAACUCACUGCUGUGCCAUAAUAUUUAGAGCAUUCGAAAUGCUGUUUUCCGAGUGUCCAUUGUCACAAUGGAUCGUUGUUACAUAGAAGGAGGCUAUAUAUAAGCAUGGGUAUAAAUUAACACACUUUGUGUAAAUGUGGCCAUAACUGUACCAGUUUCUGUUAUAAUAUCAGUUAAAUUUUAUAUUUUGUUAAAAUUUUUAUUAGAUAAUUAGGUUUAUUUAAAAUAAAUGCUUCUAACAAAGAAGUUUGGAUUAGCUGCCAUUAUAAAUAUAGUCUGUAUGAAAAAGAUGUUUCUCUAAAUGCAUAUUUAAAACUGGAAAAUCAGCUUUCAAAUGAAUUUUUCCCCAAUCAGUUGUAUUUUUAAAAUUCACUGAUCACAAAUUAUAUAUAUGUAUGUUUUAAGGGACUGAAUGGAAUGUUUUGUCUGUGCUGAGAUAAUUUGUCUGUGCUAUUACAUAUUUAUUAUUAAAUUUCUCAUAAAAAUAAAAUUUAAUGCUUUUGUCAAUCUCAAAGGGAAAGUUAUUACAAGAUUCAUUUGAAUUUUCACAUUAUAUAUAUAUAUAUAUAAAAUCUGUUGUUAUAUUAUUAUAUAUGAACUAUGGUGAAAAGGAAAAUAUGUUCUGCACAGUUAUAAACUUUUAACAUGAACUUUAUUGACACCUUCAUAUAGACUUUUGUAUCAUUGCUCUAACAAUACAAAUUAUAUAUAUAUAUAUAUAUCAAGUCAGAUAUGCUUUCAGUAUGAUUUUUAUUUUUUGUAUGUCGUUAAAGCUUCUUAUAUUGUAAAUAUCUUUCAUAAAAAUAGUUGGCCAAUGUAGUGCUUGAAAUAUUUAUAAAAACGUGUCAUGUAUAUCAUGCACUAUUGUAUAAGGUGUCCCUAUCACAAAUCUACUGGUGCUGUUCAUUAUUAUGUAUUAUUCACUAUACAUCAUUUUACAUUUCAUUUUUCUACAGUUUCUUAUCAGUGUGAGGGCUCUUUUGUCCAGAAAUGUUCAAAAUUAUUCCUUUCUGAGCACUAAAAAGUAAGAAGAAAGAAAAAAAAAAAAAAAAAAAAAAAAAAAAGAAUUUUUAUUAAUUAAGCAAAAUACUGUUUUGCUAGAGUAUUUAUUAUAUUUUUACAAGUCAUAGCUGUAUACAUUGUACUAGUGAUCAUGCUGUCCAGAUAUCAUUAAUAUUCACCAUUAGCGACUAAUGUUUUUUAUGAAUAUGAUGCCAAUAAUGAUAGCAAAAUUCAUGCUAUUUAUUUAAAACAUAUCUGAAUAUUUACAUUUCAGAAGUUUAUUUUUUAUGUUUGUAUUUAUGAUAUCCCUUUAGGCAGAAAAAAUUGUGGGUAUAGUUAAAAUUUGGGUGAGAAAUUUAAAAUUGAUUUUAAUCUUCCUCUUAUUAUUUUGCAAAAUUUGUAUAUCUAAAGUUUUUUGAAAGCUGGAAUUUCAGAAGUUUAAAUUAGUUUUCCUUUGAAAUACGCAGGUUUAAUGCAUGGGCACAAUUGUAAAUAAUUUUGUUUGGUAAGGUAUUAAAAAAAUAUUUCAGAAUUUUACCACAAUUUAAAUGCUAGAUCAAGAUAGUUAAGAAAAAAUAAGUAUGUCAUCAAUAAACUAGACUAUUUUAUUCUUUAUUAUGCUAAAUACAGAUAUCAAGAAAAAAGUUUUAAGAUAGUUCCCAAACAAUUGGAUUUCAUACGAUGCCAUUUAUUUUGAAAGAAAUGUGAAUGAAUAUGAAGAUGCACAUUGCAUAAAAUCAUAUCUUAUAAAAUUACCUGCAGUACGUACGUAAUUGUGCUGCAGUUACUAUUGUAAUCAUUUUGAAGCCAGGUUCUGUUGUUAGUGUUAUGGUAAGAUUAAGUGAUAUAGCUAUCUCUGGUCAUUUCUGUACUUAUCGUCAUUGAUUUCUUUCAUUUAUCUAAUAUCUGAAUACUGUAAUCAACAUGAUCUCCAGAGGUCUUUGGAUAUUGUAAAAAUACACUAAGCAAAAAAGUGCUGUAUGAAGAAUCUUAAGGUAAUCUGGAUUUGCCUCUAAAAGGGCAGUGCUGAAGAAAGUCGAAAGGUUGAUAAAUAUUGCAUCUGUUUUUUAUGCAAAAAUGUUUCAGGACUCGUAUUAUUAUCUGCCAUAAAAUUUUUAUAACUCUGAUGAACCAUUAGUAUAUAGGCAAGGCUUAUCAAUUCCAUUAUUAUAAGGCAAUCACAUUUCAUGUGUUUUAUCAGUCCAUAUCAGUGCAUGACUUACUAACUAAUUUUACUAACUUACUAACUAAGAAAACUAAUUUUUUUCAUAUUUUUUUAUUUGAAAUUUUUUUUGUUAUGUAUUACUUUUCAGUUAAUAGGGUACCACAUAGCACCAAACAUAAAUGCUAGGACAAAAUCUAGCUGUAGAACCUAAUGGCAUAUGCAGCUUAUGGAAGGGGGGAAGGCUGCAUUAUUAAAUAUAAAAUAAACAUAAAAUACAAAGAUAAAUACAAAGACAAAUAUAAAAAUUAAAAUAUAAGAGAGCAUGUAAUUAUUCCAGUUGGCAGGUUUCCUAGAAUUCAUUCCUAAUUUUAUUUAACAAAAUUCUACCAGUGUGAAUGCUUGGUAUUAGAAACAAUUGGAAUCAUUACCAGAAAAGGCAAACUUUUGAACUAGCAUUUGCUCUUUUUUUUUCUUUUAUGGUGUGAUUUUUUUUGUUGCACCUCCAAUCUGUUACCCUGGUAGCAUUUCUUUUAUGAUUUUCACAAAGAGGUCUUCUUGUAUGGAUGAAGUCUUUGGCUUGGACAAAUUUAAUCAUGAACUCAUAGUCAAUUGAUAACAGCCAAAUCUUGUAAUCUGUGUCUUGUCAUAAAAGAUGAAUAAAGGGGUAGGAGGUCAACAGCGCAAAAAGAAAAUUACUUAUGCUCAUUCUCUCUGUUUAUUUGUAAUGAUGUUGACAUAAUAUAAUAACUCAUGAUGAGAGAAAUAAAUUACAUAUGACACACAAAGGUAAUUGUUGCUGUGUUAAUUGAAAAAUACAAGUUUUUUUUUUUUUUUUUUUUUUUGUGUGUGUGUGUGUGUGUGUAUGAGAUAAGAAUACUACCUAUACAUUGACAUGUAAAAUGUUUGUUUAAUCUACAUUUCAUAUUCAGAUAGUCAGAGGCGAUGUUAAGUUCUUGGAAAGGUUAAAAAAUAUAUACACGAAUUUGCAAUUGAUGUAAAUUGGUGCCCUUAACUCCUGCGUAGUUCAAGGAUCAGCUGUUUAAAGAAGAUUACAAAAUAUAUAUUUGCAUUUUUAUAAAUGCAAAUAUGUUUUACUUCCCUUUUGUGAAUCAUAAAAUGUAUAUUACAUACUUUUAUUGUAAUUAUAUUUUAAGCUAAUUUUUUCAACCCAAGUUUACUUGCAUUAUAAUAUUUAUAAUAAAAAGAGGCAACAUCAUAACUCAAAGCAGAUAUUUGCAUCACUUGAGAAAUAUUUGCUGACGGUAAUAAAAUCAAAAUAAAUUAAUUCUAUAUGAUUUGAUAGUGAAAUGGAUCUUUAAUUUCAUGGUAAAGUCAUAAAUACUAGUAUGCAGUUCGCUAAUUUUUUAAAGUUGUUGAAGUCUCCAAAUUUUGAAACUGUAUGUAUCUUUUUUUAUGUUAUGCAUCUUUUUUAAUAUAUUACAUAUUGUUAUGGAUUUUAAUUUUUACAUUAUUUUAAUUUGCUUAUGUUUGUGAACAUGCUUGAUUCAAAUUUAACGUAAAAGAAGUUAUGUAUUUUGAGUUACUAAUUAUAAUUUUAUAUUUUGUUCUUAUUGCAAAAGAAAAGAUACAAUAUUUAAAAAAUAUGGUGGUUAGUUUUAAGAUGGAUUUUUUUAAAUUUAAUUUUUCAUGUAAGAGGUAAAGUUAUUAAAUUUGUAUUUUUUUUUAUUAAAGAUCAUGUUUGAUGAAUGAUGUGAGCUCAACUUUGGUAUUUUGUAAUGUUAUAAGUGUAUUUAAUGUUUUUUAAAAAUUAUUUUAAAAAAUUAUUUUAUGCAUUAAUUCAUCAAAAUACUACAUAUUAGGUAAAGUUAUAAAUUUGUAUUUUUGUUUUAUCAAAGAUCAUAUUUGAAGAAUGGUGUGAGCUCAACUUUGGUAUGUUGUAAUGUUAUAAGUGUAUUUAAUCUUUUUUUAAAAUUAUUAAAAAAAAUUAUUUUGAUGCAUUAAAUAGUAUUAUUUGCAUUUUUAAAUUGCUUGAAAAUUAUGUUGUGUGUAAAGUUUGUGAUUUUUUUCAUCAUUUGUGAAUCUCAUGUUAUUUGUAUAAAGAAAUACUCAAAGCUCCAAAAUACUAUAUUUAAGCAUUUAUAGAUUUUUCUGAUUAGUGUGUUCAAUUAUAAAUUAGUAUAUAAAAUUUUUCUUCAUUAAUGUCAUAUAUUGCACAAGUUAUUUUGAAAGAAUUAAAACUAAUAUGAAAACUUACAAAAAGUGCUCAUUUAUAUUCUUUUAUACUUCUAUAUGUAUACUUUUAUUCUAUAAUUACUUAUUGAUUACUUCGUGAAACUUGAAAAGAGAAACAAGUAUCAACACUUUCUCAGCCAAUGUGCAUUUUAUGAUUUUUUAUCUCAGAUUGCUCAUGCAGUCAUGUACAGUAGAUAAUCUUUUGAUACUUAUUUUUGGGUAUUUUUACCUUUGUAAUAAUAUGCCUCGAGCAUCCAAAACUGUUCUUUUUAGAUGAACUCAUGUUAUACUUGAAAUAUGCCUAGUCACCUUUAAUUUAAUGAUGUUUAUUCAUAAUUAAAUAAAAUAAAACUAACAUUUUUGCUGUCUA